AUGAGUGGGCGGCGGAGCAAGAGCAGGUCCCGCUCCAAUACGGCCACGACCACGGGCAAGGCAAGGCGGAGCAGGUCCAAGACAAAGGCCUCGACCUCGGGCUCGAGGAAGAUGACCAAGGCCAGCUUUGCGCUCUUUGACCAUUCGUCCGACUCGGAUGAAGUGGCCAACGAUGACGACUUUGCGUCGUCAGACGAUGACGGCCGUGCACCAGGCGGCGAUGCCGAUGACGAUGACGACAGGAAAGGCAACUCAUCAUCGUCGUACGACGACGACGAUGACGAUGACGGCUCGUUGGGAUCAAUCGACGACGACGACUCGGACUCGGAGUCCUCGUCAGCGGCCUCGUCGUCCACAUCGUCGGGACCCACCGAGUCGCUGGCGGCGGCGGCGGCGACAGCGGCGGCGGCGCGGCGCGGCGGAUCGUGGGAAGCGACAAUGGCGGCGAGAGCACAGCGCAAAGCGCGGCGGGCGCGGAUUUUUGGCCGCGGUGCAGACGAUGUGUACACACAGCGACGCAUCGGGAGGGAUGACUUUCGGAUGCGUGGCGACGGCUCGGCCUCGGGCUCGAUGAGUGACGACGAGAGCGGGAGCAACGACGAGAUGGCGAGGGCGGUCGAUUUGGAGAGCGAAAUUCGAGGAAUGAGCCGCCGCCAGCAGAGCCGGGCCCGGAACCAGGCUGCUGUGGGCUCCAAGCCCAAGUACAAGCCCGAGGUUGAGGCCAAGCUUGCCACCGCAAACGCCGCGUUUGGCGACGGGCGGUACGCCGAUGCAGGCACGGCGCUGCAGCGAGCGAUCCAGCUUGAUCCCAAGUGCGUGACAGCAUACACGUUGCUUGCGCUCGUCCGCGAGCAUCUCGGCAAGCACGACCAUGCUGCUCGUUUCUACAUGCUUGCCGCCGACAUCCAGAGCAACGACGCCAGCAUGUGGCUGCUCGCGGCGUCCAAGAUGCAGGAUGUGGCUCAGGGCAUGGAGCCCGGCCCAGUCCGCACCGCCUUUCUGGAGCAGGCUGUCAAUGCCUUUGCCACCGCCGACGAGCUGGCCAGAAGCCACGAGCACCGGAUGCACCGCGGCGCCAUGCUCCACGAGAUCGGAAACUCGCCGCGGCCGCCGACCGCCGACAUCGCCAGCCACCUCACCGUCCUCUCGCUCCUUGUGCCGUCGCUGGAGCAUGUCGGUGACUCGAGGCGGCUGGUGUCGGUGCUGGAGAAGUUUGCUGGCGUGCUGGCAAGCGCGGCAGCUCGCGGUGUAGCACCAGCCAUGGCCUCGUCAUACCUGACCAAGCUUGUGCUCCUCUACGUCCGCCAGAGCCGGUUUGCCGACGCGCGAGCCAUUCUCCGCGACCAUCUCGACACGCCGAGCCAUAUCGGUGGCCUCGAGUCACGUCCGCUCGAGCUGCGAGUUGUGGCUGGCAUUGUGGCGCUGUUUGAGGGCGAGCGUGCAAGCGCCGAGCAGGAGUUUACCGCCCUGCUCGAGCGCGACGCCGCCGACUAUGCCGACCUUUACCAACUUGUCGCCGAUGCCUUCUUUGACCUCAAGAUGUUCGCCGAGGCCGCGAAAGUGUACUCGAAGCUCGUCGACGUGGUCAUGGACGAGAGCGAGGACCCGACGUCGCAGCACAUCUUUACACGACACGCCGAGUCGCUGGCGCGGGUGGCGACUACCGUCAACGACGCCAUCUCAGUCUACCAUGGCCUCCAUCAGCGCCAGCCAGACAAUGUCAACGUAGCUGUCUCGCUCGUCGAAUUGCUCCGCAACGCGGCGGCCAACGCCGCCGCUGCCGAGUCGGGCGAGUCGAGCGAUGACGAUGAUGACGCCGCCGACGUUCUGCUUGCGCGCGCAACCGCAGUCAUCGACAAGGUCCUCCGCACGCGGCGCGCAGCCCAGUUCCGGGCCAACCGGCUCGGCACCGGCAUGAGCACCGGGACCGGCGCUGCAGCCGACGACGACCCGAGCACACUGCGCAAGUCGAUGCUCCAGCACGUGCGGCUGUUGCUGCACAAGGCCGAGCUCGACCUCACUGCCGGGCGCCACCACGAGUACAACGGCAUGCUGCGCCCGAUCCUUGCGACGGCGCUCAAGCACGACCCACUGUUUGGAUUUCCCAGCGAGGCUACCGGGCACGGCGGCGGAAGCACGGUCCGCGGCGGCGACGACUCGGUCUUUGCCACGCUGGAGACGUUUGCCAACUCGGAGCUGUUGGUCCGGCAGGGCCCGCCGCGGGUGGUAGCGCCGAUUUCGGACAUUUGCCCGCCGGUUCAGAUCAUGGAGCACGUGACCAACGUGGCCAAGCUUCUGUUCAACGAGUACCUCGCCUCACAAGAGGGCGCAGUGCUGAAGGAGGCCUUUGCCAUGGUCUUGGUCCUCCUCGGAGCGGAAUCGCGGCUGCGGACCAAGGCGCUGUCGACAGCGCGCGACGGGAGUCUGGCAAGCGGAGAGGCCAGCGGCGACGGCGAGGCCAUCUUUGACAAGCUCAUCGACCGGCUCCGGGUCUUGCUUAUCACGCUCGGUGGCAUGCUCGAUGAGCACGCAGCGGUGGCGGCGCAGGCGCGGACGCUGGUGUCAUCGCGGCCAACGGUGACGGGGCAAAUUUGGGAUCAGUACCUGGUGGCAGCGCUGCGGUCGGGUGAAUUCUUCACCCUCUGCAGCGACCUGCGCAUCCUGGCGCAGGUUGUCCCGGAUCAUGUGCCGCUCCACCUCGCGCACGCGCACACACUGAUGGCGGCUGGCGAUGUGGCCAAGGCGGCGUCAGCGUAUCUCUCGACCCGUGCCGUGUGGGAGCACGGCGCAGACUCGGACCCAAAGGCCCAGACUGUGCUUGACCUCUGCACCGCUGCGUCAAUGGUCCAGCUCGCCGUCCUGCCGGAGACGUCAGACCCGGCGACGGCGAUGGUGAUGGCGACCGCGUAUCUGCGGUCGUACUACGAGCGAGAGCGGAUGGCGCCGGACCCGAUGGGCGCGCGCUUUGUCGAGGCUGCCUACAACAUCGGCCGCGCUUUUCACCACGUUCAGCUGUACUCGCUCGCCCUGCCGGCGUACGAGGCUGCCCUUGAGCCUCUCACCAUCCUUCUCGACUGGCUCGAUAGCGUCGACACCGAGGCUGUCUGCGGCGAUGUGGCCGCCAUUCACGCCAACGCCUUCCGUGCACGGCUUUGGACUCUUCGGAGGAAGACCGGUCUCAACAUCUGCGCUGUUCACGAGUCGCUCCACAACCCGGCCCUUGCCCGGGCCGUCUUUGCCCGCCACUGCCUCAUCAGGCCAGGAUCGUCCGUGCUCUAG